AUGAGUUGGAAAAGAGCAAAUGGACAAUAUUCAAUUGCUAAUAAAAUAGAUCGCUUGAAGCAAUGGCCUGAAACAAAUCGUGAUUCUUUCUCACAAUCCUUAACCAAUGAUUUAAUUGCAUCCAUAUCCGACAACAAUGAUAUCGCUACAACUAUACUUAAAAUUUUUGGCUUUAGUUCAGAACCGAAAGUUUCAGAAGCACAAUUCACCAGAACAACCAAUUUGCCCACCACUUCACUUAAUGGAGUUAAAGUUGCUGACAGAAAAGUUUGUCCUUUCGAUGCCGAUCCAUUGAUUUUAUCCGGCGAAUACAGCUACUGCAAGCCGAUAACAGUUGGAGAAUGUCCAGUUGGUUUCACCUGCGACUUUAGCCUGGUGCUUGGCCGGUCAGUAUGCUGUCAGGAUAUGCGUAAUCAACCUGUUGUUAACAUAAGAGUGAAGCUACCGACAACAACAUUUUCAUCUGAUCCGGAAAGGACCAGAACCCGUGAACAUAUCUGGUCAUCUACAGUUGCCAAUCGUCGAUCACCUUGGUAUAUCAGGGACAGAAGACCACUGUACAGAAAUCCGUGGAAUGGAACUGCGCAUAGCUUUGCGCCUACAGCACUGAUCUCUAAAAGCGACGAAAUACUGACAACAGAAUCUGCCGUAGGUACCAAUAGCUCAACUGACGAAUAUAUUAGUACUAAUAGCGAAAUCACUUUUACAACCGAACAACUAGAAACUGUACACCGCAAUACGUCUGAAUUUGGAGUAAAUUCAAUAAAAUCACCUCAAACAACACUAUCACCGUCCUCGAUUACUUUAGUAUCUGUCAACCAUCCGACAUCCGUAUCGUUAAUUCAAGUUGGUAAUAUUAAGAGAUUGACGGACAAGCAAAUGCUCAUUGUUGGGACAAUUACACUUAUCAACGAUCACGGUUACCGAAUACUAGUGGACACCGGAUCUGCUGCCGAUACCGAAUCACUUCUGCAGGGCCUUUCGAAAGAAAUGAUUUCCAUGAAUGAAAUUGCGGUGAUUGUAAUAACGAGUGGACAUCCAAGUCAUACAGGUAAUCUCAACCUUUUCCCGCUGAAGCCAAUACUUUUUCAUGUGAUGGAAUACGUGGAACAACAUGGUACGGUCAGCGAACUUAAAGAUAGGCCUUACCGUAAACUGACGGAGAAUGUAGAGAUUUGGAAAACUCCUGGUCCUACACAACAAAGUGUCAGUGUGUUGGUUUACAACGUGGAAGGAUAUGGAACGAUGGCUGUUGUUGGCGAUUUGAUACCGACGGAGGAUUACGUCUUCAACAGGACAGAUUCAAAUGUUGAUCUCGAUGGAAGUGUUUGGGAUUCAUCGAUCAGAAGGCAAAACUCGAAUAUGAUCAUGUGUUCAGCGGACUGGAUCAUUCCCGGUCAUGGGAAACCUUUCAGAGUGUUACCGCUUUAUAGGCAGCGAGCGGGAUGUACACGUUUGCUAGCACAACGGAAGAAAUUCGGCAAUAUAUAAUCGGUAAAACCAGAAAGAAAUAAGAAAAAUAACCACC